CUUCAUUUUUCGGGCUCUCGCCUCCCGCAGAGGCGCAACAGUUGUUUCCGAAUAAGAUUCUGUGUGGAAACAAUAUCCGUGUGUGUUUUGAAAGAGUUUGACAAGAAGUUGGAUUUGCUAUUGGAAAGUACAAACAGCGCUCCCAUAGACACACACUCGAUGCGGCCGAGCCAACAAAUCCCCGACAAAUCUUAAACCAGUUUUAAGAUACAUAUUCUUGGUGUCAGUGUGUGCAUGUUGAUUUUUUCUGGCAUUGUUUUCGUUUUUUAUUUCGUGCUGCUGGCUCUGCAUCUUUUUUGUGUACCCGUACCCUUUUCGCUCGCCUCUAAUCGCGUUUCCAUUUUCUGGCCGGGCUUGGGGUCCGAGCGAGCAACAAGUACCCCUGCCUAGUACCUAUAUCUAUAACUGAACCCGUACCCAUACCCAUACCGAUACCAAGUGCCUGCCAGCGUCUCAGUCCGCCUCCCAUCUGAAAACCCGAAAAACACGGAAAGAAACGAGCUUAGAUUCUAACGAGAUCAGCACGCCAGUUGGUAACUCUGCCCCAAUUGGUCCAAUUUGAAUGCUGUACGAAGCACCUCCAAACUCCGGCAGAGAUCGCACGAGCAAUUCCAAAAGACCACCAACAAAAGAAGUUCGAACAAUGUAACGACAACUUAAACGAUCUAAACACAAUCGAAAGGCGUAAAAUUAUUGUAUUGCCCAAAAAUAAAAUUGAACAGACCUCAAAAGCACUCCAGCGAAAUCAGAAUGUCUUCCGGCCUGAUGUCGUGUGUGAGGGAAAACUCGCCGCCGCUGGAAUCGGAGUUGGAUGCCAGUUGUGCCGGGGGACCAUUGUCAUUGCCGGAGGGCCACGCCCACGCCCACGCCGUCACCUCCACGCCAAUCUCCAGUCCAGGAAACGAUGCCCACCAAUCCCCGACCGCCGAGCAACAUCAUCAGCAACAGCAGAAGCGUCGCCGUUUCCAUCCGCUCCGCAACCUGCGGCGCAUCUUCCGGCGACGCACUCUCAAUAGCACGGCGGACAGUCCUGCAUCCUGUCAGUCGCCAGGACCCGGAUCCUGCAACACCUUGCCACCGCCCGCCAGCAGCAGCAGUGAGAAAAAUCUGCGCAGUGGGAUAGCUUUGCCUCCGGGAUCUCCUCUGAAUUCGCAGCAAUUGAAGGAGAACUAUCAAACCCAAUCGCUGCCCAAAUCCAAAUCCUACGGCUCCCAUCGCGAUGAGCUGCUGAGCGUGCUCCUUGGCAAAAAGCGGGCCAGCAAGCAGGAUCACUCCCAGUCACAGUCCCAGUCCCAAUCGCAGUCGCAAUCCCAACAGGAAGCCAUGUUCCAGGCCCAGCGACAGCAUGGGGGAGUGGCCGUCUUCCCGGAUUCCCUUGGCUUGAACCGGAGUAGCUACUUUGCCGACCAGAGAAUCCAACAGCGACAUCUACGCAGUGUGGGCGACUCCUCGCAGGAACUGGAAUCUGGUUCCGGCUCGGGAUCAGGAUCAGGAUCAGGUCCUAGUGGCCCCGCCGACAUCUCCGACAGCCAGCGCAGCCUCAGCGAGGGUCGCCUCCUGGACGUGGACGGGGACUACGCUCGAGAUGCCCUCUCUCAGUCCCACGACAGCGUCUUUUCCGAAUCAGCAACAGCCAGCAGUCUAUCUAUCGUACUCAAGGCGGAACUCACGGAUGUCUUGCGCAAGAGACGUAAUAGACCCGAUGCCUCCGACGAGGACUUGGGACUACCCCGUAGCCCAGCUUCGCCACAACGAAGGGCAGCUGGCGGAAACAGCAGCAGCAGGAAUACCUCCGCUGUGGGUCACCAGUCUCGGGGUCACCAGAGCGAGGUCUCCUCGCUCAGCCUGCUGAGUGUCAACAGUAACGAGGCGGAGACGGAGGACAGCCAGAGCUCCCAUCACCACCGUCACCACUCGCGGGUGUCCACCAGUUCAUCCAUCUCGGUGGGCUCGGAUAUACUGCGAUCCCAUCACGAGGACGAUGUGGAUGCCGUGGGCGGGGAACGCCACCGCCUUUCCCAUGCGGCGGCCAAGCACAAAAUGGCCAUCAGGCCGGUGAAAAAGAAGGGACCUACCAGGCAGCAUCGCAUGACAUUGGAGACUUCCAUUCCGGAGGCAAAUGAGGAUGUGCUGAAAAUGAGCCCUGGAUUAAGAGCUGUCCAUGAAGCCGACCAUAAGAGCAAAACGCGCUCGUUGCCACCGAAGACUCUGACUGCCAUUGCGCCACCGACUCAGGUGAACCAGGUGACCACCAAGCGAACCAAGACAAUCGAGCAGAGCUCCACCGUCACCACAGUGACGAGCUCCUCCUCGUCCUCCUCCACAUCCCAGACGUUCGGACUCAGAGGUCUGACAAGCAGGACCAACGCGCUGCUGGAGAAUCGCGGAGAGUCGUCCACGGAUUGCGACGACUUCCUGGCCAACGAAAGGGAGAACGAGAGCGGCUUCCUGCGCCGCCUGAUCCACCGGAACUCGAAGAGAUCCAUUGCCAGGGCCAACGACGGCGUGGAGGACACGGACUCCAGCCAGAGUGUGGCCAAGAAGCUGCAGAUCUCGACCUCCUGCCUGGAGGCCGCAGCCCGGGAGCCCCUCCAAGUGCCGGACAAGUCGCGCAGUGCCACCUCCCACGAGCAGCACAUCCAGGAGACGCGGCAGACGAUCAAGCGGGAGAUUCACAACGAGGGCAAGCACGGACUGAACGCCAUGGUCAGCAACUACGGCGUCCAUCCGCAUCCGCCCACGGCAUUGAAGCCCAAAUCGGGUCCAGCGGCCAGGCAGCGUUACCUGCCCAAGGAACUGGGUGCGGUUCCUCCACCCUCCUCCUCCAACGAUGUGACCAACUUGCUGUCGAAGAGCUCGCGGGGCAACGACACCUUCCAGUCCACCACUUUGGUGCGCGAACAGCAGACCAAAGUGGAGUCCUCCUCGACGUCCUCCACGCACUUCGAGCGGAAGGCAAAGAUCGUCGGCCUGAGCGCCUUCCAGCAGAAGCUGUCGCGAUCCAGCGACUCAGUGGGCCAGCACUCCAGCUCCUCCAACUCCUUGGAGACCAGCACGGAUGAGCCCUCGCCACUGUACUACGAGGAGAAGCAGCGCAAGACGGUGGAGAAAUCGCGCAGCUUCCGGAACUACGAGGACGAGGCGGUGGACUCCGGCGCGGUGCACAACAACAUGCCGAGCCUGCCGGAUCUGUCGCUCAGUUUCCGGGUGCCCGCCUAUUACAAGCAGUCGCCGCAAUCCCCGAUUUCGCCCAGUGCCAAGUGUGUUUCCCUGGGAUUCGAGAUCAACGACAACAAGUUGCUGCAGUCGCGAGCCGAGUCCACCGGUCAGCUGCCCUCUUCGGCGGCCAAGAGCUCACCGCAGAAGGCCUUGGCCACCACCAAGCUGAUUGUGAGCAGUCCGGGCUCGGCAAACAUCUCCCAGAUCGAGCAGAACAUCGACCUGAUUGUCAAGUCACCGAUGGUGAGCGUUCUGAGGAAGUCGGGAAAUGUGACCGAGAAGGUGACCGAGAAGGUGACCCCGAAGGAGCCAUCUACUCCGGCCAAGCAGCGACCCAAGCUGCUGGAUCUGGGAGCAAAGAUCACGGCUCCGGCGAAUCAUCCCACUCCCAGUCCUGCCAGUCCUCUGACCAAGAGUGCCAAGCUCUCCAGCAGUCCGCCCACAACUCCGGCCAAGACGCAGAGCUCCUCCAGCAGUCGUCGCAACUCCAGCAAUGUGGAGGCCACCGGCGAGCCGGAGUUCAUGAAGAUCCAGUUGAACCGUGUGGACCAAGCGCGUCUGCACAACAAGACCAAUCACUUGGUGCUGGCCAAGAACCUGAAGUCGCCCACGGAAAGGAGUCAGAGCAGCGAUGACCUCAGCUUCAGGCGGAAUAGCGGCGAGGGUCUGGCGGGAAUUGAGAUUGUGGAGCACAGCCAGCCCAUAAAGCCCCUAAGUCCGGUGGUCAGGCCGACGACACUGGAGCCCAGUUUGGGCCGGCAAUUGCGAUCCGUGAGUGCCACGAGUGUGAGGACGAGCUAUGGCAGUAGCAGCGAAGGAUUAGCCACCCCGGUUACUCCUGCCACCACCCCGAGCACACCCAAAAGCAAUGGCCUGUCGAAGGGCGUUCCCAUUGCUACCAGGAGUGCAAAGGAGGCCAAGGAGCCGUUGGUCAGUCCCAGAGAGCCGGCGAAGAGCGGCAGUCGCCUCUCGAUGGAGGAUCGCAAGCGGUUGUUCCUCAGCGAGGAGCGAUCAAAACCGGGGGAGCAGCGCAGGAAGUCCAUUACCAAGGCGGAGGCACCACCCACUCCGUCGGUGAUCCCAGCCACGCCCGCCAUUCCAGUCACCCCACUGCAGUCCACGCCCACCACUCCCGAAAUAGGCGAGAUUAAUGGCAACAGUUCACCCACCUCCAAUCCCGUGGUUCUGCGCAAGAAAUCCUUUGCCAGCUGCAAUGGCAAUCCCACCACCACCAGCAGUCCCUCCAAAGACGAUCCCACGCCCGAGCUGAUGAAGGUCUUUGCCCGCCGCUCGCUGAAGGUGAAGGAUGACGAGGUGGUGACCCUGCCGCAGGCACAGCCUCCAGCUCCGGUGGCCACAAGUAAGAAGCUGCCGCCCAGUGGAGGUGGAGGUCAGAGCGUGGACAGCGACAAGGAGAACCAGUCGAACAGCGAGGAGAAACUGGACAAACUGGCGCCCAAGGGCGAGUCCCAGGUGAACCAUCAUCCCAGCAGCAAUCGCAAUUCGGUGGCCGACUUCCGCAAUCUCAACCAUAACAACAACAAUAACAAUAACCAUCAGCAGCAGAAGGUGCCGCCCAAGGUGGUCACCUAUCUGCCCCCCAUCAAGGUCAACAAUCAAGGACGCAAUAGCCUCAAUAACAAUGGGAGUGCAAAGCCCGCGGGGGAAAGGUUUUCCCUGCAACUGAAGCAGGCCAACCCGACGGCAACUACUCCAACGUCUCCGGCAGCAACACCUGUUGCAGUGCCAGCAGCAACACCUGCAACAUCUGCAGCACCAGCAGCAGCAACCACACCCAGUAAACCCAUCGAGAGAUCAGCCACCGUGGGCGAAUUCAAGGGAAUCCACCAGAGACGCGCCGAGUGGGAGCAAAGGGCCAAGGAGGCGCUGAAGUGAGGGAUUUUAGUUGAGAAUUACCUGAAACUCUCGGCAGACCAGACUGUACCUAGCCUAGCUGCAAUCCAAGUGCUUUUGUCUAGUGAUGCCCCCAACUGGGGGGCAACAAAAUUACUAAGGGAAUAAUCAAAUUAUCAUUAUAAACAUUAGCUAAAAACCUGUAAAGAAUCGCAACUACAAAUGAAAUCAAAGUUGAGGGCGCCGGACCUUCGCGAGGUCAUCCAAAGACAAUAGCGACCUGCUCGGGUCCGGCUCCCAAAAAACACUAUAGGCAAUAACUAUAUAUCGAUCUUCAAAAAGUGACUAGCGUAUACUUAUUUUAAGUCUAUUCAGAGUAUCGUUUACAAACUGAAAACUAAGCUUCGUUUCGAAUUUCUUCUGUGCAUGUCGAGAAAUGUUAUGAAAUAAACAAAAAAAUCCAAUUAACUUUAACUGACGAAA